AUGUCUCAAUUCAAGUUUUGGAACGACGUGAAUAGUCUAUUGACAAUGGAUGGACCCGUAGCUGGUCCAGCACCUAGAUGGCAAAAGAAGAAAGAAUCUAGUUCAUCAAAUAAUAGUUCCAUUAACUCCUCAAAGCUGAGAUCCUUGUCAUCUUCAGCUCUAAAUUUGACAAAAACUCCAGUGAAGAGUGGAGAUAAUGAUUUUCAGAAGAAUAAAACACCUUCAAAAACUCCCAAAAGGUCUUCAAAGACUCCAACACCUAACAAAUCUUCAAGAACACCAGGGGGAGAUCGUUUUAUACCAUCAAGAAGUACCACCAAUUUUGACUUAGCUCAUUAUAAACUGACACAAGAUGAGAAUAAUCAAAUUGAUAGCCCAUCACAUAAAGAAUUCAAAAGAGUUAUGUCCGAGAAUUUACAUGGUGUUGAUAUUACUAAUCAGCAUAUUCUUUCAUAUAAGAAUAAAGCUCCAUCAGCACCUGAAGGGUUUCAGAACCCUAUGAGGGUAAUUUACACCCAAACUAAGACACCUGCUUCAGUAAAAAGCAGUAGAUAUAUUCCUCAAGCCCCAGAUAGAAUUUUGGAUGCUCCUGACAUUGUGGAUGACUAUUACUUGAAUUUGAUUGACUGGAGUUCUACUAAUAUAUUAGCUGCAGCCUUGGGAGCACAUGUAUAUUUAUGGAAUGCAGGAACAGGAAAUAUAGAACAAUUGUUGGAAUUGGAAGGUAAUGAUUAUGUUUGUUCCCUUGCUUGGAUUCAAGAUGGUAACUGUUUGGCUGUUGGUACAACAAAUGGUACAACUGAACUUUGGGAUUGUAGCCGAUCUAAAAAACUCCGUAUCAUGGAGGGACAUUCUGCUAGGGUUGGUUCCCUGGCAUGGAAUUCCUAUGUGUUGUCUAGUGGUUGUCGCAGUGGUCAAAUUAUUCAUCAUGAUGUCCGUCAGAGGGAUCACAUUGUUACUACACUUUCUAAUCAUACACAAGAAGUUUGCGGGCUGAAAUGGUCGACUGAUGGUAAAUACUUGGCCAGUGGCGGGAAUGACAAUGUGCUAAAUAUUUGGGAAACUGUAACCGGUGGAUAUCAUUCCCAAACUACCCCCUUGCACUCUUUCACUGCCCACCAAGCUGCUGUUAAGGCACUAGCGUGGUGCCCCUGGCAACCGCAUAUGCUUGCUAGCGGUGGAGGAACGGCAGACAGACACAUCAGGUUUUGGAAUUGCAAUACUGGAGCUUGUGUCAACGCCAUUGACACAAAGUCGCAGGUUUGUGCUUUAUUGUGGUCAACAAACUACAAAGAGCUGGUCUCAGGCCAUGGCUUCGCAAACAACGAAAUCAUUAUUUGGAAAUACCCUGGUAUGACCAAGGUGGCCGAACUCACUGGCCAUACUGCGAGAGUCCUGCACGUCGCCAUGUCCCCAGAUGGCUCCACCAUACUUUCCGCAGGCGCAGACGAGACGUUGAGGCUGUGGAAGUGUUUCGUGAAGAAUCCAACCCAGAGCAAGGACGUCGAGAAAGUGAAAGCUAAGCCAAGCGCGUUCAAGCAAUGCAUUCGAUGA